UUUUAGUAUUCCGUUUCAGGUACAUAUUAUUGUACAGUCCAGUGCGGGAGUAAAUAUGAAUUCUGGUCGGCUCUGGGUUGAUAGAUACAGCAACAACUAAACAAAACACAGAAGCGAUCCAAGCGCUGUCAAGGACCGAGAAAAGCUAGUGACAGAGGGGGAUCUUCUUUAGCUCUUUGCCACCCGAGCGAGCGGCCAGGCCUCUCUCUCCCGGCUCCCGCCUCCUUCGAGGCCUCGACGCCUAUAAAAAGGUGUCGCCGGGCUUCCCAGUCCCCCGCGCCGCGCGGUUCUCGACUCCACCAACCAAGCAUCCCAGCUUCCAAAGGGGAGACAAGCCGAGAAGCGCUCCCUCAUCUCCCCCCCACAACAGGAACUACGUACGAUCUCGUAAAUUGCCUUGGAGUUUACCUGCGCCCGUGCGCCGCAAAGGCCAUUCACUCCCUUGGCCUCCUCGCGACACACGCGCGCAGAGCAGAGCAGAGCAGUUUCUCUGUUUCUCCAGCAGCCAUGACGUCGUGCGCGGGAGACGCCACGGUGGCGUGCCGGGACGAUGCGCGACGGCUCGGGGACGCGGCCUGCGUCAUCGUCUACCCAUUGCUCGACAAGGCUGCGGAGGUCCACAUCCCGGUGGCUGGAGACGAGGCGCCGGCCGUGCCCGUGCCCGUGCUCACGAGCAAGUCGCCCGGGCGGCUCGCCACCGCGGUGAGGGAGGCUCUGUCCGUAUCCCUGGGCGUGGCGUUCCCGACGACGCCGUUGGUGUCGUCCAGCGAGGCGCGUGGAGAGGCGCGGUCGAUUCUGGGCCUCGCGCUCCCGAUGAUCCUGACGGGCCUCCUGCUGUACCUCCGCUCCAUGAUCUCGAUGCUCUUCCUCGGUCGCCUCGGCGGGCUGGCCCUCGCUGGCGGGUCGCUCGCCAUCGGCUUUGCCAACAUCACGGGGUACUCCGUGCUCUCCGGCCUCGCCAUGGGCAUGGAGCCCAUAUGCGGCCAGGCAUUCGGCGCGGGCAACUUCCCGCUCCUCGGAGUCACCACGCAGAGGACGGUGCUGCUGCUCGUCGCGGCGGCCGUUCCCAUCGGUGGCCUGUGGAUGCACAUGCGGCCUCUCCUCCUCCUGUGCGGCCAGGACACGGGCAUCGCGUCGGUCGCCGAGACCUACAUUCUGGCCUCGCUCCCGGACCUCGUCCUCCAGGCGUUCAUCCACCCCGUGCGGAUAUACCUCCGGGCGCAGUCCAUCAACCUGCCGCUCACGGUCUGCGCCGCGCUAGCCAUUGCCAUACACCUCCCCGUCAACUACGUCCUCGUCACCGUCCUCGGCCUCGGCAUCAGGGGGGUGGCGUUCGCCUCCGUGCUUGCGAACCUGAACCUCCUCCUCUUCCUCCUCGCCUACAUCCUCUUCAGGGGCGUCCACAGGCGCACCGGCGGCUUCGUGCUCUCCCGCGAGAGCUUCCGGGGCUGGGGCGAGCUCGUCAGCCUCGCGCUGCCGAGCUGCGUGAGCGUCUGCCUCGAGUGGUGGUGGUACGAGAUCAUGAUCCUGCUGUGCGGCCUGCUGCUGAACCCGCAGGCCACGGUGGCGUCCAUGGGCAUCCUGAUCCAGACCACGUCGCUCAUCUACAUCUUCCCCUCCUCCCUCAGCUUCGGCGUGUCCACCCGCGUCAGCAACGAGCUGGGAGCGAACCGGCCCGAGGAGGCGAGCCGCGCCGCCGCGGUGGGGCUCGUGCUCGGCUUCGCCUCCGGCGGCCUGGCCUCCGCGUUCGCGUUCCUGGUGCGGAACGUGUGGGCGAGCAUGUUCACGGCCGACCCGGCGAUCGUCGCGCUCACCGCGUCGGUGCUGCCCAUCCUAGGCCUGUGCGAGCUCGGCAACUGCCCGCAGACGACGGGCUGCGGCGUGCUGCGCGGCAGCGCCAGGCCCAAGGACGCCGCCAGCAUCAACCUCCGCUCCUUCUACCUCGUGGGGACGCCGGUGGCGCUCGUCCUGGCCUUCUGGCUCCACUACGACUUCAAGGGCCUCUGGUUCGGGCUCCUGGCGGCGCAAGCCACCUGCAUGGUGCGCAUGCUGCUGGUCAUCGGCCGCACGGACUGGGCGUGCGAGGCCAAGCGCUCGAGGGAGCUCACCGGAGCCGGCGGCGCCGUGGCCAAGGACAGCGACGUCAAGGCUGGCGGAGACGAGAAGUCGCGCUUGCUGUUCUACACGGACAUGGAACAAGCGAAUGCUCACUCUGCUGAUCAGUGUUGAUAGCUGCAGCGCGAGCCGCAUGUGUGCUCUAAUCUACUCUCUUUCCCCCUCAUUUUGUGUGGCGGGGAGGAGGAACCAGAGGCUGACAGAGUGACAAUUUUGUUCACCAUUUGACAUGUAAAGAUUUUGCUGAUUAUGAUCA